AUGGUCGGUGAGGAUGCAUUAUGUCAUUAUGAUUCUGGCAAUUACAUGGAAGACAGAUCCCCCUCCCCCCCCGUCCGCCCGUCUCUCAUCGUAGCGUCUCUCGAGUACUUCAGAGUCCCGUCGUCCUUCAAGUCCCAGACUCGUCCUCAGAGUCCCAGACCAUGUCCUUCAGAGUCCCAGACCUCGUCCUUCAGUCCAGACCUCGUCCAGAGUCCCAACCUCGUCCUUCAGAGUCCCAGGUCCCAGAGUCCCAGACCAUGUCCUCAGAGUCCCAGACCUCGUCCUUCAGAGUCCUCAGACCUCGUCUUCAGAGUCCCAGACCUCGUCCUUCAGAGUCCCAGACCUCGUCCUUCAGAGUCCCAGACCUCGUCCUUCGGAGUCCCAGACCUCGUCCUUCCCAGACCUCGUCCUUCAGAAGUCCCAGACCCCUUCAGAGUCCCAGACCUCGUCCUUCCAGAAAGUCCCAGAACCCGUUCCAGAGACCCCAGACUCUCCUUCAGAGUCCCAGACCUCGUCCUUUCAGAAAGUCCCAGGAACCUCGUCCUUCAGGAGUCCCAGACCUCGUCCUUCAGAGUCCCAGACCUCGUUCCUUCGUCCCUUCCCAGACCUCGUCCUUCAGAGUCCCAGACCUGUCCUUUCAGAGUCCCAGACCUCGUCCUUCAGAAGUCCCAGACCUCGUCCUUCAGAGUCCCAGGACCUGUCUUUCCCAGGACCUCGUCCUUCAGAGUCCCAGACUCCGUUCAGAGUCCCAGACCUCGUCCUUUCCCAGGUCCUUCAGAGUCCCAGACCUCGUCCAGAGUCAGAGUAGUCCCAGACCUCUCCUUCCAGACCUUCCCCAGACCUCGUCCUUUCAGAGUCCCAGACCUCGUCCUUCAGAGUCCAGACCUCGUCCUUCAGAGUCCAGACCUCGUCCUUCAGAAGACCUUCGUCCUUCAGAGUCCCAGACCUCGUCCUUUCGGAGUCCCAGACCUUCGUCCUUCAGAGUCCCAGACCUCGUCCUUCAGAGUCCAGAACUCGUCCUUCAGAGUCCCAGACCUCGUCCUUCAGAGUCCCAGACCUCGUCCUUUCCCAGACCUCGUCCCAGACCUCGUCCUUCAGAGUCCCCAGACCUCGUCCUUCGAGUCCCAGACCUCGUCCUUCAGAGUCCCAGACCUUCGUCCUUCAGAGUCCCAGACCUCGUCCUUCAGAGUCCCAGACCUCGUCCUUCAGAGUCCCAGACCUCGUCCUUCAGAGUCCCCAGACCUCGUCCUUCAGAGUCCCAAGACCUCGUCAGAGUCCCAGACCUCGUCCUCGGAGUCCCAGACCUCGUCCCAGUCCCAGACCUCGUCCUUCAGUCCCAGAGUCCCAGACCUCGUCCUUCAGAGUCCCAGACCUCGUCCUUCAGAGUCCCAGACCUCGUCCUCGGAGUCCCAGACCUCAGGUCCUUCAGAGUCCCAGACUCGUCCUUCAGAGUCCCAGACCUCGUCCUUCAGAGUCCCAGAGUCCUUCAGAGUCCCAGACCUCGUCCUUUCAGAGUUCCCAGACCUCGUCCUUCAGAAGUCCCAGACCUCGUCCUUCAGAGUCCCAGAAGAGUCCCAGACCUCGUCCUUCAGAGUCCCAGACCUCGUCCUUCAGGAGUCCCAGACCUCGUUCCUUCAGAAGUCCCAGACCUCGUCCUUUCAGAGUCCCAGACCUCGUCCUUCAGAGAGAGAGUCCCAGACCUCGUCCUUCGGAGUCCCAGACCUCGUCCUUCAGAGUCCCAGACCUCGUCCUUCAGAGUCCCAGACCUCGUCCUUUCACAGAGUCCCAGACCUCGUCCUUCAGAGUCCCAGACCUCGUCCUUCAGAGUCCCAGACCUCGUCCUUCAGAGUCCCAGACCUCGUCCUUCCCCAGACCUCGUCCUUCAGAGCCCCAGACCUCGCCCUUCAUACACAGAACGGGGUCUUCUACGACGUGAGGGAAGCUCCUCGAGGCGAGAGGAAGUGA